GAGAGGAAAAAGAAUUAACUGAAGAAGAAAAAGAUCAACGUGAAAAAGAGGAAGCUAUCCAGAAAAUUAAAAAGGGAGCAACGAAUACAUUCUGGCUGUGUUUGUUGAUGAUAAUCGGCUCAAGUGUGCUGUACCAUAACUAUGAGCAACGGGUCAUACGGCUAUCGGACAACAUCGACGCUGCGAAGACAAUACGGGUCUUUUUCGUCAGUCACAAUCAAACCCUCGAUGCGUUGAACGAUACGGAAAUCCUAGGGUUGGCAGAGAAUUUAGCGGGGUUUCUACGCGACAUCAAGACAAGGACUACUGCAGUGAAUGUCGCAAUUGACAACAUAAUUAAACUGAUUAACGGCGGGUGGCAGCCCUUCAAAGGCCGCCUCUUUUACCUCAUCUCGCACCCAAUGGGCUUUGAUUUCGCUCAGAGUGAAUGUGAGAAACUAAAGACAAUACUGCCCACCAUUGUCACAAAGGAAGAGGAGCUUUUCAUUGAGUCAAUUGCCAAGGAGUCGAGUAAGGGAGUGUGGAUUGGGCUAAAAAAGGACGGCUUGUCAUGGAGAUGGCUUGAUGGGACACCGUACAAUGCAAAUAGCAGUUACUGGAAUGAAUUAAGCCUGAUCCCUGGGCCAGUACUGGAAGAAUGUGUUGAAGUUCUCAACGAAUGCAAUACUCCAGGCCUCUGCUGGGAAGAUGCAGACUGCAUUGAUCAAAAAAGCCCAGUUUGUGUGAUGUUCCCAGACUCAAUAUAUUUGCCUUAAGCUCUACACAAGAGGGGGAAAAUGGACAGAGGCCCAUUUCAUCCCAAGAAACCAAAGGAUAACCCAGUCAGCUAGCAGAAGCAGAGAGACAAGGAAAGAAUCUACUCCGCUCUCUGGCUCUCAUACCUUAUUAAUAAUGUUGCCUCCCUAAAUUGGGAGACCUUAUUUUGAACCCCUCAAAGAUGCAGAUGAUGAAGACCCAAAAUAAAACCAUUUGCCUCCUCACGUUCUCCUUUCCCAGUUUUCCAUCUUUGGGGGAGUUUCCUCACAAGCACCAUGAAUAAUAAUAUUUUAAAAAAUUAUUUAUCUGGAAAUGUCAUGUAGCAGGAAAGGAGGAGAAAUGCUCUUCGAA